GAACAGACUUCAGAUGCUUCUGGGUUGCGGUGGGGAAGGGUUCUGAGUUCUCGUGUGUGAGCUUGAGAGUCGAGCGCUAGAGCGACCCGGCGAGGGAUGGCGGCCACCGGGACCGCGGCCGCCACGGCCACCGGCAAGCUCCUGGUCCUGCUGCUGCUCGGGCUCACGGCGCCUGCCGCGGCACUAGCCGGCUACAUCGAGGCUCUUGCAGCCAAUGCCGGAACAGGAUUUGCUGUCGCUGAGCCUCAAAUUGCAAUGUUUUGUGGGAAGUUAAAUAUGCAUGUGAACAUUCAGACUGGAAAAUGGGAACCGGACCCAACAGGCACUAAGAGCUGCUUUGGAACAAAAGAAGAAGUUCUUCAGUACUGUCAGGAGAUGUAUCCAGAGCUACAGAUCACAAACGUGAUGGAAGCAAAUGAGCCUGUCAGUGUUGACAAUUGGUGCCGGAGGGACAAAAAACAGUGCAAGACGCACAUCGUGAUCCCUUUCAAGUGUCUUGUGGGUGAAUUCGUAAGUGAUGUUCUACUAGUUCCAGAAAAGUGCCAGUUUUUCCACAAAGAGCGGAUGGAGGUGUGCGAGAAUCACCAGCAUUGGCACACUGUAGUCAAAGAGGCCUGUCUGACUCAGGGAAUGACCUUAUAUCGCUACGGCAUGUUGCUGCCUUGUGGGGUAGACCAGUUUCACGGCACUGAGUAUGUGUGCUGCCCUCAGACAAAGAUGAUUGAAUCUACUGUGUCAAAGGAAGAGGAGGAAGAGGAGGAGGAGGAAGAAGAGGAGGAGGAUGAAGAGGAAGACUAUGAUAUUUACAAGAGUGAAUUUCCUACCGAAGCAGAUUUGGAGGACUUCACAGAAGCAGCUGUGGAUGAGGACGAUGAGGAUGAGGAGGAAGGGGAGGAAGUGGUGGAAGACCGUGAUUACUACUACGACACCUUUAAAGGAGAUGACUACAAUGAGGAGAGCCCAACUGAACCCAGCAGCGAUGGGACAGUUUCAGAAAAGGAAAUUACUCAUGACGUUAAAGCUGUCUGCUCGCAGGAGGCGAUGACGGGGCCCUGCCGGGCCGUGAUGCCCCGUUGGUACUUCGACCUCUCCAAGGGGAAGUGCGUGCGCUUUAUAUAUGGCGGCUGCGGAGGCAACAGGAACAAUUUUGAGUCUGAGGAUUAUUGUAUGGCUGUGUGUAAAGCGAUGAUUCCCCCAACUCCUCUGCCAACCAAUGAUGUCGAUGUGUAUUUCGAGACCUCUGCAGAUGACAAUGAGCAUGCCCGCUUCCAGAAGGCUAAGGAGCAGCUGGAAAUACGGCACCGCAACCGGAUGGACAGGGUAAAGAAGGAAUGGGAAGAGGCUGAGCUUCAGGCCAAGAACCUCCCGAAAGCAGAGAGGCAGACUCUCAUUCAGCACUUCCAAGCUAUGGUGAAAGCCUUGGAGAAAGAGGCGGCCAGCGAGAAGCAGCAGCUGGUGGAAACCCACCUGGCUCGAGUGGAAGCCAUGCUGAAUGACCGCCGCCGAAUGGCUCUGGAGAAUUACCUCGCCGCCUUGCAGUCCGACCCGCCGCGGCCUCAUCGCAUUCUUCAGGCCUUGCGGCGUUACGUCCGCGCUGAGAACAAAGAUCGCCUGCAUACCAUCCGUCAUUACCAGCAUGUGUUGGCUGUUGACCCAGAAAAGGCAGCCCAGAUGAAAUCCCAGGUGAUGACACAUCUCCAUGUGAUUGAAGAAAGAAGGAACCAGAGCCUCUCCCUGCUCUACAAAGUACCUUACGUAGCCCAAGAAAUCCAAGAGGAAAUUGAUGAGCUGCUUCAGGAGCAGCGUGCCGACAUGGACCAGUUCACUGCCUCCAUCUCCGAGACCCCCGUGGACGUCCGGGUGAGCUCCGAAGAGAGCGAGGAGAUCCCGCCGUUCCAUCCCUUCCAUCCCUUCCCAUCCUUACCUGAGAGUGAAGACACUCAGCCGGAGUUGUACCACCCAAUGAAAAAAGGAUCUGGAGUGGGAGAGCAGGAUGGAGGACUGAUUGGUGCUGAGGAGAAACUGAUUAACAGUAAGAAUAAAGUGGAUGAAAAUAUGGUCAUCGACGAGACUCUGGACGUUAAGGAAAUGAUCUUCAAUGCCGAGAGGGUUGGUGGCCUGGAGGCAGAGCCGGAAUCUGUGGGGCCCCUGCGGGAGGACUUCAGUCUGAGCAGCAGCGCCCUCAUUGGGCUGUUGGUCAUCGCGGUGGCCAUUGCCACGGUCAUCGUCAUCAGCCUAGUGAUGCUGAGGAAGAGACAGUAUGGCACCAUCAGCCAUGGGAUCGUGGAGGUUGACCCAAUGCUCACCCCAGAAGAGCGUCACCUCAACAAGAUGCAGAACCAUGGCUACGAAAACCCCACCUACAAAUACCUAGAGCAGAUGCAGAUCUGAGCGGGAGGAAGC